AUGCCACCGGCUGGAAGCAUCGUCUGGGAGUCGCUUGCUGUAGGAACCGAGCUGCUGGUGUUUGGAGACUACGGAAGGGUUGCCUUGAGAUAUAGCAUCCUUACCAAUUCAUGGACAUGGUUGGCUGAUGCGAUGAACACCCCGGGGUACUGCUUUGGGUCAGCGAGUGUUGGUGAAAAGGCGUAUGUCGCGGGAGGCAGCUCUGCAGAGAUGUAUGACUUGGAGACACAUACGUGGACACCCCUUCCCAACAUGAAUAGGGCUAGGUUCGGAUGCUCUGGCGCGUUCAUGGAUGGCAAGUUCUAUGUGAUCGGUGGUCUUGGCAGUGGCGUCAAGGUAUUGACAUGCGGUGAGGAGUAUGACUUGAACCGGCGGUCAUGGAGGGUCAUCGACAACAUAGGUCAAGGACUCAACUUUGAAAUCUGGGGUGCAUCUCCGCACAUUGCAGUUGUGAACAAUGAGCUUUAUGUGGCAGAUUACAGAGAGAAUGAUUUGAAGCAGUAUGAUAAGUUGCACAACAAGUGGACCACUCUUGGAAAAUUGCCUCUACAGUCUAAGCGAGAUGGCUAUGACAUGGGUUUCCGAGCGUGUGGUGACCGGCUGAUUGUUAUUGGGCCUCCAAUCAAUUCUACUGGUGAAAAGGUGGUUGAGCUUCAUUCAUGGAUCCCGGAUGAGCAACCGCCUGUGUGGAAUUUGGUUGCAACACGGCCAAUCAUGGGCUACAAGAUUAUGUGCGCCGUGAUGGGUUGCUGA